AUGCUCUCGAAGAGUCUUCCCGAAUAUGCUGCCUUGGUUGAGAUACUACAGACUGAUAAAUUUGGAAAUGAUCCUAAUGAACUGUUCGAUUCGUUAAUUACCACGCCAUUGCAGCAAUUGAAUGAAAAUACCAAACAUUUUCUUAUCAUCGAUGGCUUGGAUGAAGGAGGUGCCAAGAUUGCGUCUUGCAUUGCCAGAUUAUCAGGAACACUUCCAUC